AUGACUUCACGUUACGGUGGUGCUCCAUUAUGUUCUCGCUGUGAGAAAGCAGUUUAUAUGGCAGAACAAGUUAUUGGACCUAAUGGUCCUUGGCAUCGAGCAUGUCUUACUUGUAUCGAAUGUAAGAAACGAUUGGAUUCUUUUGCUCUUGCGGAACAUGAAGGAGAGGCUUAUUGUAAAAUGUGUCAUGGACGUCGCUUUGGUCCCAAAGGAAGUUUAAUAAAUGGAAGUGGAGCGAUGGGAAUAGGAGGAAGUGGUGGUGGUGGACCAAAAAGAGGUUGGACACUUCCUGCUAAUAAUGAUAUAUGUCCACGGUGUACCAAACCUGUUUAUGCAGCUGAAGCGAUUUUGGGUGCAGGAGUGAAAUAUCAUAGAUUAUGUUUACGUUGUGUAAGUUGUAGUAAAUUAUUGGAUCCAGGUAAUAUGACGGAUCGUGAUAGUAAAAUUUAUUGUUGUCCUUGUUAUUCUAAAGAAUUUGGUCCAAAGGGUUACGGAUAUGGUGGAGGUGCGGCAUUCUUGACCACGGAAGGAGCCAGAUGA